GAACAGUUUGUGACUUUGUUCCCGUUCACAUUCUCUUCAUUACAACUUCGAUCAAUGAGUGACAACCCACCCGCAAAAUUAUGACUGUCAAAAACCGUGGAAUCAAAAACCAUAAACAAGGCAAAUAAAUCGGUGUUGACUGUCGAGCAUGAAGAAGUAGAGCUAGGUUUAACAUUUGCCGAAUACUGCAUCAUAUUGCUCUCUGAAUCUAUAAAAAUUGAUUUGGGUAGCUUGAAAAGUGAAGAAAAAGAGAUGGCAGUGAACCAGACGGCGGCGUUGAAGGUGGGGUUGGGUCUAUUGGGCCUGUGUUUGUUCGGCUACCUAGUGGGUCCACCGCUGUACUGGCAUUUCAUGGAAGGCUUAGCAGCCGUCAGCCACUCCUCCAACACUUGCCCACCUUGCCUCUGUGAUUGCUCUUCCCAGCCUCUUCUCACAAUCCCUGAAGGAUUGAGCAAUGCUUCCUUUGCAGAUUGUGCAAAGCAUGAUCCAGAGGUGAGUGAGGAUACUGAAAAGAACUCUGCAGAACUUUUGACAGAAGAAUUGAAGGUUAGAGAAGCUGAAGCUUUGGAAAGUAAGCAACGCGCUAACAUGGCACUACUUGAGGCUAAGAAGAUAGCAUCACAGUAUCAAAAGGAAGCAGACAAGUGCAAUUCAGGUAUGGAAACAUGUGAAGAAGCAAGGGAGAAAGCUGAAGCAGCAAUGGCAGCUCAGAAGAAAUUGACAGCAAUGUGGGAAUUAAGAGCUCGUCAAAAAGGAUGGAGAGAAGGGGCUGCCAAAUCUCAUAUGCAGUUACAGGGUAAUGUUCAGUCUGCCUAAUUGAUCCACAAUUGCCUCAUAGAAAAUU